GCGAACCGCUGUGGGGCCGGAGCGGGGCAGCGGCAGCGGUCGGGAUGGAUCUGGCGGUGGCGGCCGUGGGGGGCGCGGGCGCGGCGCCGCAGCACCAGCAGGUCCGCGAUGAAGUGGCCGAGAAGUGCCAGAAGUUGUUCUUGGACUUCCUAGAGGAGUUCCAGAACAGCGAUGGGGAGGUCAAGUACCUGCGAGACGCUGAAGAGCUGAUCCGGCCAGAGCGGAACACGCUGAUCGUCAGCUUCGCGGAUUUGGAGCAGUUCAACCAGCAGCUCUCUACCACUAUUCAGGAGGAAUUUUACAGGGUUUAUCCAUACCUGUGUCGAGCAACAAAGACUUUUGCCAGAGACCACGGAAAUGUUCCUGCAAACAAAGAUUUUUAUGUUGCAUUCCAGGACCUGCCUACCAGACACAAAAUUCGAGAACUGACUUCAGCAAAAAUUGGCUCCCUGCUGCGCAUCAGUGGGCAGGUGGUUCGUACCCACCCCGUGCACCCAGAGCUGGUCAGUGGAACCUUCCUGUGCCUCGACUGCCAGACAGUCAUCAAAGAUGUGGAGCAGCAAUUCAAAUACACCCAGCCAAACAUCUGCAGAAACCCAGUCUGUGCCAACAGGAGGAGAUUCCUGCUGGACACAAACAAAUCAAGAUUUGUUGAUUUCCAAAAGGUGCGCAUCCAGGAGACGCAGGGCGAGCUGCCGCGGGGCAGCAUUCCGCGCAGCCUGGAGGUGAUCCUGCGCGCAGAGGCCGUGGAAUCUGCCCAGGCGGGUGACAAAUGCGACUUCACCGGCUCGCUGAUUGUCGUGCCUGACGUGUCCCAGCUCUCCACACCAGGGUUACGUGCAGAAACCGGCUCGCGGGUGACGGGGACAGAGGGCUACGAAACCGAAGGCAUCCGGGGGCUGCGCGCCCUCGGGGUCCGGGAGCUCUCCUAUAAGCUCGUCUUUCUGGCUUGUUAUGUUGCACCAACAAAUCCACGGUUUGGUGGAAAAGAGCUCCGAGAUGAAGAACAGACUGCAGAAAGCAUUAAAAACCAAAUGUCUGUGAAAGAGUGGGAAAAAGUUUUUGAAAUGAGCCAAGAUAAGAACCUUUACCAUAAUCUCUGCACCAGCCUUUUCCCCACUAUCCAUGGUAAUGAUGAAGUAAAACGUGGGGUCCUGCUGAUGCUCUUUGGAGGAGUUCCCAAGACCACUUCAGAAGGCACUUCAUUGCGUGGGGACAUCAAUGUUUGUGUUGUUGGUGAUCCAAGUACAGCCAAGAGUCAGUUUCUAAAGCACGUGGAUGAGUUCAGUCCCCGUGCUGUGUACACCAGUGGCAAAGCCUCGAGCGCCGCGGGUCUGACGGCGGCUGUGGUGAAAGAUGAGGAGUCCCACGAAUUUGUCAUUGAGGCUGGAGCACUGAUGCUGGCAGAUAACGGUGUUUGUUGCAUUGAUGAAUUUGACAAGAUGGAGGUGCGGGAUCAAGUAGCCAUUCAUGAGGCAAUGGAACAGCAGACAAUAUCCAUUACUAAAGCUGGAGUGAAGGCUACUCUGAAUGCCAGGACCUCCAUUUUGGCUGCAGCAAACCCAGUUGGUGGCCGCUAUGACAGAUCCAAGUCACUGAAACAAAAUAUCAACCUGUCAGCUCCCAUCAUGUCCCGCUUUGAUCUCUUCUUCAUCCUUGUGGAUGAGUGUAAUGAGGUGGUCGAUUACGCCAUUGCCCGGCGCAUCGUAGAUCUGCAUUCCAGAGUGGAGGAGUCUGUUGAUCGGGUCUAUUCCCUGGAUGAUAUCCGAAGGUAUCUGCUCUUUGCAAGACAGUUUAAACCAAAGAUAUCCAAGGAGUCUGAGGACUUCAUCGUGGAGCAGUACAAGCGGCUGCGGCAGCGCGAUGGCUCUGGAGUGACCAAGUCAUCGUGGAGGAUCACAGUGAGGCAGCUGGAGAGCAUGAUCCGCCUGUCCGAGGCCAUGGCCCGCAUGCACUGCUGUGAUGAGGUUCACCCAAAACAUGUGAAGGAAGCUUUCAGGCUUUUAAAUAAGUCCAUCAUUAGAGUUGAGACUCCUGAUGUCAAUUUAGACCAAGAUGAUGAACAGCAAAUGGAGGAUCAAGAAGACCAAGAUGGAGUCAAUGGUGAGGCAGAAGCUCCAGCUGGGGUCAAUGGUCUUGUGAAUGGGAUCAAUGGCCAUUCUGAGGAUGUGAGCAAGGAUGCUGCACCCAAGGCUUCUCUCAGGCUGGGCUUCUCUGAGUACCGACGCAUUUCUAAUCUCCUGGUGCUGCACCUCAGGAAAGCAGAGGAAGAAGAGGAUGAUGCAGCACUAAAGAGGAGUGAACUUAUUAAUUGGUAUCUAAAGGAAAUUGAAUCUGAAAUCGAAUCUGAAGAAGAACUAAUAAAUAAGAAGAAGAUCAUAGAGAGAGUUAUUCACCGACUUACACAUUAUGACCACAUUCUGAUUGAACUGUCCCAGUCAGGACUGAAAGGAUCCAGAGAAGAGGAGACAUUUGAUGAUGAUCCAUACCUGGUUGUCAACCCAAACUAUCUGCUGGAGGACUGAGGGCUGGGAAUGGCAUUGUAGAGCUGACUGCUUACAAGUUGGAAAAUGCUUUCUUUUCUUGCAGGGUUUGCUAUGUGGCUAAUUCCUUAAAUUCCUAUGACUGUGCCAGAGUGUGGUCAGUAAUAUGUGAUUUCUCAUUUACACUGAGCAUACCUGGAAAGCUUUUAAGGACAUGACACCACAUGUAUUGGUUCCACUGUUAGCUCUGAAUUCCAGUGCCAUCAUCUGGAUGCAGAGGGGAAUCAUCAUAGCUUUUUUCAUCAUCAAGCUAUGUAGAUGUUUCUGUUUUAAAUAAGAUGAGUUUUACAUUGUUAUUCUUUUGCAGACAUUUUAUGCUAUAGGUUGUUACUGGCUGUCUUAUUAACAUAAAUAAAAACUCAUUAAAUGUU